UAUUUUCAGAGAGGAGAAAAGCAGCACACAGACAGUCUCUCCUGUUAAAAGCGUAUCGUUUGACCCAUGGCAAACUUCACUACUACAGAAGAUGACUGCUGCGCCUUUGAGUCUCCCAUCCUGGACCAUGUCCUGCCUCCCAUCCUGGUGCUGGAGUUCAUGUUUGGGCUGAUGGGGAAUGUUAUGGCUCUGUGGAUGUUUAUUUUCCACAUGGACACCUGGAAGCCCAACUCUGUCUACCUCACACAGUUGGCGGUUGCCGACUCCAUCGUCCUGUUCUGGCUUCCGUUCAGAGCCGACUACUACCGACGCGGGGAGCACUGGAUCCAUGGUGAUGCCAUGUGCCGGAUUAUGCUGUUCAUGUUGACGGCCAACCGCGGCGCUGGCAUCUUCUUCCUCACUGCAGUGGCUGUCGACCGUUACCUCAAGAUCGUUCACCCCAUGAACAAGAUCAACCGGAUGGGCCUGAAUUAUGCUCUGUGGGUGUCUCUGGGCCUGUGGGGGAUGAUCAUCGCUGCAACCGGGUACCUGCUGACCAACAAACACUUAUUCUACCGCAACAACCAGACACAGUGCGAGAGCUUCAACAUCUGCAUGGGCUUCAGCCCGCUGUCUACGUGGCACAACACCUUAUACGUGACCCAGUUCUUCUUGCCCACUGCCAUUGUCACCUUCUGCACGGUCUGCAUCACCUGGCAGCUGAAGAACAAGACGAUCGACACUGGGGGGAAGAUCAAACGUGCGGUGCAGUUUGUCAUGGCCGUGGCACUCAUCUUCAUCAUUUGCUUCUUCCCCAGUACAGUGUCUCGGAUCGCUGUGUGGAUCCUCAAGGCCUGGUACAACGAGUGCCAUUAUUUCAAAGAGGCCAGUUUGGCGUUCUACACCUCUGUGUGUUUCACCUACUUCAACAGCGUGCUGAACCCCAUCGUGUACUACUUCUCCAGCUCUGCCUUUAGUGGGAACUUCCAGAAGCUGUUCAACAGACUGCUGGGGAGGAAAGAGGAGGAGGUGCCGCCAGCCUCGCCUGAGACUGGGACCGAGAUCAGCAGUGCAAAUACAGUGUCAGGGAGGAGUAGUAACUUCCAAUCACAGGUCCAGGGUGAGGGCCUGUACUCGCAAAGCGUCUCAGACUUAUUCAUUGUGAUGUAAAAUACAAAACUGAUCCUAGAUCAGCACUCCUAGACUUACUCUGAGACGCUUUUAUGAAAAGGUACCCAGGAGAACAAAAUACAUGAUUUUUUUUCUUCUACUCUAGUGGAAUAUGGUGUGUUCUAAAGAAUAUUAACCAGAUGUGAAGGAAGUCAAGGAAGUUGGAGAUAGUUGUCUGUUAGAUACGAAUUUUAACAUUUUUAUGUUAUGUUGAUGUUCUAUAGCUAAAAGUAGAAAUUCAUUAAUUGGUUCGCUCAAUUAAGAAUUUGUUUGCAGUAUAACAGUGGAAUCUUUAAUGUAAUAUUUCAUAUUUACAAUACUUUGUCUUUGAGUUUUGUGUAUUUGCUGGUGAUUCAAGUAAAUUCCUUGUGAACUAGAAAAGUACAUUUCCUAAAGAAAAUGUGUGUGCUUGCUAGCUUGUCUUAAAGUAUUUUUGGUUGUGAAAUAAGUUAUAGUAGUGAUAGUGACUGGUUAUAGUUGAAAAAGUAGGCAGAUUUGAUUUGAUUAUUUGAUAGAAUAGGAUAGCCUGAACAUGUGAAGUUGGUUCGGUGUCUCUAGCUUGAACAGUUCAAGAGUUACUAUUAGUGUUGGUGGUUAUUUUAUACUAAUGUUAGUUGUUUUAAUGUUUGUAGCUGAAAUUGUUAAAAAGCAGUAGCUUUUAAAUUGUCUACCACUGUGUUCUUAUGGUUGACAUCGAAUCCAUGAAGUGUUAUGCUAAUUUAUGCAAAUCAAAAUAGUUCAUAAAGGGUUAUAGGAAAUUUGACGUUAGGAUAGCCUGAAUGUUUUAAAGCUGUUGUAGCUUCAUUGGUUUAGGAGCAGGAACGUUUUGAAUAGCUACCACUGUAUUACUAUGGUUCUCAUUCAAAACAAUGUUAAUUUAUGCAUAUUUUUUAUUGUUAUAGUUCAAAAAGUAUAGAUAGGUGGAAAGAUUGUUUUGAUUCAUAACAUGAGAAUGUUAAUUUAGUGUCUCUAGCUUUAACAGAAAGUUAAUUUAGUGUCUCUAGCUUUAACAGAAAGUUAAUUUAGUGUCUCUAGCUUUAACAGUUCAAGAGUAAAUAUUACUGUUGGUGGGUUAUUUUAUGAUAAUGAAAAAUUAUUUAAAUAGUUAUAAUGUAUAAAGUUUUUUUUUUUUAGUUGUUUCAAUGUUUGUAGCUGAAAUGGUGAAAUAGCAGUAGCAUUUAAAAUGUCUACCACUGUGUUGUUGUUUGACUUUAAAAACAUUACAGUUUAUGCAAAUGUAUGCAAAUUAAAAUAAAUUAUAUUUGAUAAAA